AUGCAGGCUGCUGCGACCUUCGACGACUUCCUCUCUAAUGUUGAUCACCGAAAAGCAUUUUUGAAGUACUUGCAGCAGCCAGAGCAGCGAACCUUGGAACAGCUGUAUGGACCCUGUGUAUUGAGGGGUGACGAAAUCGCGUCCCAAUCGGAGAGCAAUCUUCCCCUUUCUGGUAAACUGAGAGAGUUUGUGGGCAUCCUUAGGGAAAUGUAUCAUCCGCGAACCUCGGACAAGGAGUCUGCGGUACCUUCUGCGUUAGAAGAAGUAGAGCAACAACGCGAGGUUGCCAAUGAGGCCGAGCAGGAACGAGAGCUACAGCGGCCAUGUUUCAUUGAUGCUCUAGAGUUUCCGGGAUUGCAUCAGUCGAUCCAAGAUUUGGUUGAAACCGGCUUCCUCAGUGGCGACGACGUCUGUCCCCAAGCUUGCACUAUCAUAACAUCAACUCGGCUCUGGAGGAAACAAAUGAUGCAAUCAUUUUCAAUGAUACCCCACGUGUUCUUGUCGCCCGAGUUUGCUAGGACUGUCCGACUAGCGUCUGUUAACUGGGUUCUGUUGAGCAUGCGUGCGGAUGUCGCCCUGGCCAUUCCCAUAUUACGCGAACAUGCAGACCCGCCUACACACCUGCUCCUGUAUGCAGCGCCCUUUACGAAACGGAUGCUCCACUUCAAUCGUCUAGACUACUACUCACUUCCCCGUCUACCUACCGAAUGGAAUCCACCGUCCUGGCUCCCAUUCGAACUUGGAGUUUUAGCCGGAAGGUUAUAUUUUGCCUUUGCGGAAUGCCAAGAUUUGCAGCGUCGAAUCUAUGCUAGCUCUGGCCGUCCAAGUGAAGGUGACCGACUCUCGACAAGAAAUUCAAUCGAGGUAACAACGACUUUAGCUUUCUUACAGGAGUGGCUGAACCCACGUCGACCGGGGCAAGAUAUUUCCCAUACGCCAAUGGAAUACAUCUGCCAGGGUCUCACACCCCGUGAUAACCAUCCAUUCUUUUCAACUCCUACGGGAGCCGAAAUAUGUGUUAAUCCGAAUGGCGAUGUAUGUCAUGCGUCUUGUCCCACGUACAACGAUGAAGAAUCAGACGGUGCAAGCGAUGGUGAAGUCAUAAUUGUGGACCAAAUAAUGGAGGAAGAGAAUGAUUCAGGCAAUGAGUGUAACACCGCAGAUUCAUACAGGCAAGGAUCGCGAACCCUAAAAGCUAAGACAGGCCAGACCCAGAAAGGCAACGGAGAAACGAGCGGGCAGCGCGUGUGA